UCCAACUACAUCUCGAACCUCCUAGUUCGCAGCUACGGCAAUCCAGAGAAUCCUGAAGCGGGAGAGGAAAAAACAAGGAUAGAGACGAUAAUUAAUCACAAUCCACAAAAUGGCGGACACCUACACACCCCCCACGGCCUCUGAGCUCCUGACCGACUUCUUCAACCAGCUCCUCGGCGGCGUGGAGAACUACUUCGCCAAUUUCUACAAGAACUUUACUUCCAUUUCAGCCAAGCGCUGGAUCCGCAUGGGUGUCAUCGUCGGCGCGUACCUCCUCGUCGUCCGCCCUUUGGUCGACAUGUUCUUCCGCUGGUCAUUCGACAAGAAGCAAGCCAAGGAAAAGAAGAAGAGGGAGGAGGACCAGGCUGCAUUUGGCGCGGACGGGAAGACAGCGAAGAUGUCACCGAACUCAUUGCGGGGACCGGGAAAGGUGCUGGGAGAAGUCGAGACGGAUGAUGAGGAUACGGUCAAGGGACAGGGCAAGGAUACGGGAAAGGCUACGGGUGUGCCUGAGUUGGGCAAGGGCGCCAGGAAGCGACAGAAGAAGCAGAUGAAGGAGGCAGAGAAGAGUGCAGGUGCAACGAUGGAGGGAAUGACUGAGGAGGAGCUGUUGGAAUUGUUGGACUGGAGUGAGUCCGAUGAGGAGAAAUGAAUCAAAGUAUAAUCGCUAUGAGGACUGGGGUGGCUUUGGUUGAUUAUUUUUGCUCCUUUUCUUUUCUAAGACUCUGGAAGGGACUUUUUUUCGCUUAUGUUUUAAUUAUAUGCGGAUACCGGUCCGACAGACCAGUCGGUGUAUUAUGAUAGAAGUGUUGGUGUCUCAGGGGAUAUGUUUUAGGUUGUUUUAUGAUACCUAACUAGUAAUAGAACGUGCCGCAGUAGUUGCUUGUGACUGCGG